AUGUUGUUGAUUAGGUAUAGAUUUUAUCUAUUAGUGAAUAAAAGGUUUGUAUUGACUGAAAAGCCUCCCAAGGAGCUUAGGCUGUCAUUCCAGCAACCAGCACCUAAGCACUGUAUAGGAUUCCGAGGCAACCAUCAACAUGGAAAAAAAUUAUAUGACCAGGUGUAUCCUACAUCCAAGAUUCCUUCGGUUAUGGUCCCAAGGUAUCCUCUUGACUGGAGAAAUGCUGGAAGAUUUAUUUUAACCUGCGGUUUAGCUAGAAUUGAAGGUAAAAGACUCUAUCGUCAUCCACAUUCGCUAAAUUACCAAGAUUCCUCUCACUGUGGUCCGAGGUGUGCAAACGUCUGCUCAUCUUCACACUAUAAAUGCCUUUGUUCUAUGAGAUCUGAUGAGUCGCAUCUUCACAUCUCACACAUUGACUCCAUGUUAAUGUCUUACAAGGGUCCUGUUACUACAAAUAAACCUAUUUUCUCCGUUAUGAAUCAAGUUGCCAAGAAAAACGAAACUCAAUCUCACAAAUUAAGCAUCGAUGACUCUUCUAAAUCUUAUAGGAUUAUUAAACGCACUUAUAGAUACUCCGCUUUUCAAGAUCGUGAUAAUAAACCCACUUCUAUUCAUCAUAAUUUGGUUUCCCAUAUGAACCGCUUUAACAUUUUCAAUGUUAUGUCUCCGUAA